AUGUGGCUUCUUCUCCUUCCGGUGGCAGUGAAUGCCAUUGCCUUCCCUUCGCCGGAAGCCACUGGACGUAGCAACAAGAUUGUGGAAUCGCUUGAUUUUCCCGAACCCACGGCUGUACCUCUCUCCCCGGGAAAUGCUGAGCUCGUCCGUCGCGACAGCACCAUAUCGGCCGCUGAAUCGAGUGUAUGCGGAUUCUUUGGCGGUUCCCAAGACUCUCGACUUGCCUGCAACUAUCCCAACGCCUGUGUCUUCCAUGCCUCAGACUCCGAAUUUCCCGGCCUGGUCGGCUGCUGCCCGACCACAUCAACGAGCACGCCAUGCAUUAUCUACAGCACAUGUUUCGACAACUCCCAGAUCUCGGCGACACCGGCGCUUCUCUCCCAAACGACCAACCCCCUCGUGAUGCUGUGUACCUACAGCGACGCGAAAAUAUGCCAUACCCGAACAUGGCCAGCUCUCAAUGUGCGCGAUUACGAUUGCACGGAUACAAAGUGGUCAAGCGGGGAGACAAUGUACACGGCUGGGUCGUUGACCUACGUGGAAAUCGAUGGGCACUACGAUACGGAGACCAUCUCAAUUUCCUGGAUUGGAGAUGCCAUAUUGCGAAGCUUGAGGGACGUGUCUGCUACAGUAACAGCCACCGACACGAGUAGCACUUCAACAGCGACAAGCACUACAUCCGACGCUACUUCACCGACGCCCACCGGACAUCAGGUCUCGGGACACCGCUCUUCGACGGGAGCCAUUGUCGGCGGGGUUGUGGGAGGGGUAGGGGGAUUAAUUGUGAUCCUUCUUCUGGGGUGGUUCAUUUGGAGACGAAAUAAGAACCCGGUGCAAAGUUCCGGACACAGCAAACCAGACACGGAACCAAUAAUUCCAAAUGACAAGCCGCUUGAGCUUUCCGGAACAGAUGCGACGGACCGGUACGAGUUGAUGCCGGAACGAGAAUACACGGAGUUGCCGGGCAAAGACGUACGAUAUGAACUUGAGUAA